AAUUUUGUUUCAUUUUACUUGCAGUCUUGAAAUUUUUGCUCCAUUCUUGUCUUGUUGAAGUCCCUCUUGGGAACAGACCCACCUAUUUGCUCCAACAAAACAACUGGCCAUCAUAAAGAUCAGGCAUAAGAGCAACACUCGAUGGCCACACUCGUUUCCCCAUCUUCUCCUCUUCUUUCCUCUCCAUCCGCCAUUAAUUUUUCUCCAACUUCUUCCAUAUCUCCUCCACGCAUCUCUCUCUUCUCCUUCUCUUACUCCUCUUCUCUUUCUUCUUCUCUUUCCAUUUCCAUUUCCAUUUCCAAUUUCCCCACUUUCCCUGCCUACCCAGUUAACACCAGACGCCAUUCCUCUCCAUCUUUCAAUGUCAAGGCCAGUGCGGAGAAGAAGAGGGUCCUCAUAGUCAACACAAACAGCGGCGGCCAUGCAGUCAUUGGUUUCUAUUUUGCAAAAGAGCUUCUGGGUUCCGGGCACCAUGCCACCAUACUGACUGUUGGUGAUGAGGCCUCCGACAAGAUGAAGAAGCCUCCAUUCAAUAGAUUUUCUGAAAUUGUGAGCGCUGGCGGCAAAACGGUGUGGGGAAACCCAGCAGAAGUCGGGAAAGUGGUUGAUGGGGCAGCAUUUGAUGUGGUGUUGGAUAACAAUGGCAAGGAUCUUGACACUGUGAGGCCUGUGGCAGAUUGGGCUAAGGGUUCUGGUGUCAAGCAAUUUCUCUACAUCAGCAGUGCAGGUAUUUAUAAGCCAACAGAUGAGCCUCCUCAUGUUGAAGGGGAUGUUGUUAAAAGCGAUGCUAGUCACGUUGGAGUCGAGAAAUACCUUGCAGAAAAUUUUGGUACUUGGGCAAUAUUCCGUCCACAAUACAUGAUUGGAUCUGGGAACAACAAAGAUUGUGAAGAGUGGUUCUUUGAUCGUAUUGUUCGAAACAGGCCAGUUCCAAUCCCUGGCUCUGGGAUGCAACUCACCAACAUCGCCCAUGUUAGAGACUUAUCAUCUAUGCUUAAUCUAGCUGUUGAAAAGCCAGAUGCUGCUAAUGGCAACAUCUUCAACUGUGUGAGUGAUCGUGCUGUGACUCUGGAUGGAAUGGCAAAGCUAUGUGCUGAUGCUGCAGGCUGCUCUCUUCAGAUUGUGCAUUAUGACCCAAAAGCUGUUGGAAUUGAUUCAAAGAAAGCUUUUCCUUUCCGUAACAUGGUACCAGUGUUUCUUGUACUUCGCAUUAUAAGGAGAUAUAAGAUAAAAUGGAUUAUGCACUCCUUUCAAUUAAGGACAGUGCUAGACAAAUUCUUAGGAGGCUUCACCUUCUUGUUUUUCUUAAAUCCACAGAGUGUUAAUUGUCUUGCCCAGACAGUAGAGACCUCGUUAUUCUUGCCCGAAGUUUUUCCAUAUGAUCAACCUUUUUUAACUAUGAGUUUUUUCAUAUGAUCAAUGUGCUGUGCAGCACUUCUAUGCGGAGCCAAGAGCUGCCAAAGACAUUUUAGGGUGGCAGGGUACCACACAUCUGCCCAAGGACUUGAAAGAGAGGUAUGAUGAGUAUGUAAAGAUUGGAAGAGACAAGAAGCCGAUGCAAUUUGAGAUAGAUGAUAAGAUACUAGAGUCACUUAAAGUGCCAGUAGCUGUGUGAUCAGUCAAAGCUAGGUAAUGUUUGAACAUCAAGACUUCAGUGUUCAAGGCUGUAAUAUUUUUUAUGUGUUUCUUUCAUAUGUUUAAUCAAUGCUUCAUUUCAAACGUUAUUACUUUGUAAAUAAAAUGAAAUUAAAAAAGGUCCUCCCCAUUCUAAGCCCUGCAAUGCAUUAUUGCAUAUUUUGGAAAUGAAAUUGUUCCAAUAAAUUAUGGUUAA